UGGCCGGUGAAAGACGCUCUGGCAGCUUUGACUGUGAAGCUCUCCAUCCAGAGCCUCAGUCUCCACACGCGCACCGGCACGCAGGGAUCCACCGGAGCGCACAGCCAGAGAACAGCGGGGGAAUGGACUCCUCUGCACCGGACCAGAGGACCGCACCUGCUGGGGUUUGAUGGGAUGACAGAAGCUGGAGCUGAGGGCUUGGUGGUGGUGAUGAUGAGGAGGAGGAUGCUGAAGGUAGGGGUUUGAUUCCUGCCUUUACGCAGGGUGGAGAGGUAGUCCAGCGCCUGGCAGCAGCAUUUAAUCCGCUUGUCGGGAGGAGCAGGGAAAGCCCUGCCCAGAGAGAUAGAGAGAGAGAGAGGGAGAGUUAAAGUGGAGAGAGUUGACUGGAGGACUCAUAUCUGCUGCUGGAAACAAAUCAAGUGACUGCUGCUCCACUUCACACCAUGAGUGGACCGACUAAUGUUCAGUACCAGUCUGGUCUUUAUGGAGGAAACAACAACAGCAGCUCUCCGAUCUCCAGUCGUGGAAAUUCGCCCAUCGUGUGUGAGCGCUGCGGGGAGGUGUGUCGCGGGGAGGUUGUGCGCGUCAAGAACACACACUUCCAUGUUCAGUGCUUCACGUGCCAAGUGUGUGGCUGUGACUUGGUGCACUCAGGUUUCUUCCACCACUCUGGAGAGUACAUCUGCACAGAGGACUACCAGCGGCUCUACGGGACCCAGUGUGACAGCUGUGACCAGUACAUCACCGGAGAGGUGGUGUCUGCUCUGGGGAGGACGUACCACCCACACUGCUUCGUCUGCAGCAUCUGCAGGAGUCCGUUCCCAAUUGGCGACAGGGUGACCUUCUGCGGAAAGAAGUGUGUGUGUCAGCAGUGCUCGCACUCUCUGAGCAGCGACAAGCCCGUCAAGGUCCACGGGCCCAGCUACUGUGCCGGCUGCGGCGAGGAGAUCAGACAGGGUCAGUCUCUGCUGGCUCUGGAGAGACAGUGGCACGUCAGUUGUUUUAAAUGCCGGACAUGUGGCUGUGCGCUCACUGGAGAGUACAUCAGCAAGGAUGGGAUUCCUUACUGUGAGGCUGAUUACCACACACAGUUUGGGAUCAGGUGCGAGAGCUGUAACAGGUACAUCAGCGGAAGAGUGCUGGAGGCUGGAGGGAAGCACUACCACCCUAGCUGUGCCAGGUGUGCGCGCUGUCACAUGAUGUUCUUGGAAGGAGAGGAAAUGUACCUCACAGGUUCAGAGGUCUGGCACCCCAUGUGUAAAGAAGCAGCUCGGCUGGAGAGAAAACUGAGGCUGAGACGUACGUCUGAGACAGCCUCCAUUUCUCCCACGGCCUCCUCCCCUCUCCUCGGCUCUCCUCACCGCCUUAUCUGCUCUAAGGCUGACAGUGAUGCUCUGGACUAUAAGCAGCUGACAGCUCUACCCAGGGUCAAAGCCAUAUAUGACAUUCAGCGGCCUGACAUCAUCCCUUAUCAGUCCAACCACACACACCUCUCUGACGACACUCUGGAGCGAUAUAGCUGUGGACAGUCAUUGGGUUCCUUGUCACCAUACUCUCAUGAUGUUUUGGACAGUGUGGAGUUGAGAACGAGGCGCUCCUCCAGCUCUGCCUUCACUGACUCUCCUGCACACAGUCGCCACGGAGGGUCCCCUCUGCAUUAUUAUCUCCCUGGCAGUGAGAGUGGCAGGAGUUCACCAUAUUACUCUCAGCCAGAGCCCAGGUGUGCCACACCCACCACCACCACCACCCUCCAAGCCCCCAAGCAUUUCCAUGUGCCAGCUUCUGAAGAAACCAACAUCUACAGGAAACCCCCCAACUAUAAGAGACAAGCCAGUAAGAGUAAAACCAAUGAGAAUCUCAACAAUUCCAGUUGCCUUUCUUCCUCCAACUGUAACAGCCUUUAUCACCCAGGCUCCAACUACUACCCAUACACUGGCUCUCCAAAAGUCUCCAGAGUAAGGAGGUUUUCGUCCGGAGGGGAGGAGGACGGGUGGAAUCACAAUAUCAACAGGGGCAUUGGCAGGAUGAUCCUGAAGGAGGAGAUGAAGGCGCGGUCAGGUUGUCACGACAAUGAGCAGUGGGGGAGCAGACGCAGUUCCCGUUGCAACAGCAAGGAGGCGCUGAACAAUCUGGGAUAUGGCUCCCUCAAUGGCUCUCCCAGGUCUGUCUACAGCGCUGACAGCGAUUCAUAUGUUGCCAAAUCGGCCUCGUUGCCAGGGUACGGCAGAAACGGACUGAACAGGCAGCCUGGGAGUGCCAGUGCAGAUUAUUACCAGUAUGACAGCGGUAAAGCAGUUAAUUGGCAGAUCAGAGAAUACAAGAUCUACCCCUAUGAAGCCCUAAUGGUGUCAGUCAGAGGGCAGCAGCGUCUCCCCAGUGACGUCGACCGAGCCAGACUGGAGCGUCACCUCUCACCAGAGGAGUUCUACAGAGUCUUUGGCAUGUCCAUGUCGGCCUUUGACCGCCUCGCUCAGUGGAAAAAGAAAGAACUUAAGAAACAGGUCAGACUCUUUUGAGAAAAUGAAUUCAUUCGGGACCAGACAGGUUUACUGCACUGACUGUGGGUCUCAGUGGAACAGGCUGAAAUGAAAAGAUCUCACUUUCCUUGAAGUGGCAAGAGCAGAACUCGGAGCAGAACUAUGAAGUCAGCCAAGCGGCAAAAUUAGACGAAGAAGUGUGAGGAGAGAACAAAGACGUCCAGAGACACCAGAGAAGUCACAAUGGGACUAUGAUGAGGAGGAAUUGGCUGCUUUUCCCUGUUCUACCAGCAGAUGUCAGUGGGUUAACAUAAUCUACAGGCAGGCAUCUGAUAUCACCAGGUUGUCUGUAGACUCAGGUUCAGCUUCUCUUAGCCAAUACGCCCAACAAGAGGGAGGCAGUUUGGGGAACAGACCGUCUUGAAGACAAACCGGCAUAUUGUUGAAAAAGAUUCAGUUUAAGCCACAAACACAAACACUGUCCACUGGUUCAUAAGUUGACACGACAAAAAUGUUUCUGUUUGAUUUUGAUAUUUGAAGCCAUAUCAGUGUUUAUAGUUAAUUCCAACAACGUGACUGGACUGUGCUGGCAUUGAUUGGGUUUUCAAACAUGAUGUGAUUGUAAGUUUUAAUGAGAAUGAGCUGAACUGUGUCAAUGCAGUGAGAUCAGAGAUGUUAGUUAAGUUUCAAAAUCAGGUUUUAGUACAAUACACACUUUAAAAUAAGAUAUUUGUCUUUUGUUUUAUUUAAAGAAAUAAAUGUUUGUUGGUUCUCAGACUCAUGAAACAGGUCAGAAUUAUUUUUUGCCGAUUUACGAUUAAAUUCUGUGUGUCUGUGUGUGUGUGUGUGUGUGUGUGUGUGUGUGUAAAGAGGACUUCCAUGGAUAGUGAGAAACCCUCUGAAUAAAGAGAAGAACAACAAUUGUCUAGAGUCAGAAGGAAAUAGGAAAAGGUGAAUGUGGAAAGGAAGGAUGGAGACAUAACAGAAGGGUUAAACAAAAAAGAGUGGUUGUGUGUGUGUGUCUGACACAAUCCCAUGUACCAAGGAACUUUAAUUCUCAAAUCUACAAUUAUUGGACUAACAUGAAUAAUUAACAAUGUUGUGUCUCUCACUGCAGCUUCUGAAUAAAUGAU